GUUGCAACAGCUGAUUUACUUGUAUUUAUUUAUUUUUUUUACAUCUGUUAAAAUUGCAAUAUUUGCUGCUGCAAUGGAAAAAGAGAUUCUAUUUGAAGAUCUGGUGGAGCGUGCCAAUGAGAAAAUAGAGCUUGGCCAUGAACUAAUUACGCAGUUGGAAGAAUAUAGACAAAUAAAUGGCGUAGACAAAAUACAACGAAAAAUCAGUCAGGAAGUGAAGUUUCUGUUGAAGGUUAUAAAAAAUGAAACAUUAAAAAUAAAUCACGUCCAAUGCAGCAACUUAACACACUACGCCUUCUUGGUGGAAAUUCUCAAAGUACAACGUGAUGUUGUGCAUCUUGACUGUGGCUUCACUGUUGAUGGUCGCAGUAAUCCACUACGUGUGGAUAUUGUUUGUGAGAAUGGCUUAAAGUGGAUUAAAGCAAUAGCACGUAAUUCAAAAUCUUUAACUGAUGCCGCCAAAGGUGCAGCUAGUUAUGGAGCACGCAGCAUAUUAGAUCAAGCGCAAGAAUUUGUAGAUGCUAGCAUGCAACAUUUAUGCAUGUUUAAGCCGCCUAAGGUGGUAUUCUAUUUUAGUCAAAAUAUAGACAAUGCCUUAAUUGUGGAGCUACAAGAGAUUGGCGUAGAAAUAGCUUCCAUUGCAGAGCCUUUCGAAUGUGAUGAAAGUGCUGACAUUACAAACGUGAGUACGUUAAAUAUAGAUAUCACAACACUGUUGGCGUAUAUUAGUAAUGUUUGCAAUGGCAAUUGUAAUUGGAUAUUUCGCGAGGGAAUACUAACCGAACAGGCGGAGAAGGAGCGACAGGCGCCAUUAAAACCGGUAUUGGAUAAUCUAUUCAAAGACAAGCGUUUAAUUUGUUGCGAAACCGCUUACAAAUCAUUCGAAGAGAUCAUAUCACUGCUGGCAGGCCCAUUGGAACAUCAGCGUGCUAAGGAAUUGAUGCAACGUGUUGAGGUGCUACCCGAUGUGGUUGAGGUGCCCGAAGAGUUGUCUGUGAUUAAAUUUAGCGGUAAAAUAAAUCAACGUAGUUUAAAAAUUUUUGCCUUUGGCAUGCAUAUGAAAGCGGUGACUGUGACCUCGAAUAAAGCAUUCAUACGUUCGGCUAAAAUGCAGGGCAUCAAUGUGCCUGUAUUCACGCAUCAAGCUAGAGCAUUGACUGAAGCGAAAGAGGCGUCCGGCACUCCCAUACAAUGAUUGAAUAUUGAAUAGUUGAAGCUGAAAGUGAUUUUUAAGAGCCAAGUUUAAAUAAUUCUUUAUUAAGCAGAAAAUAUAUAACUGUUAAAAAUUAUUACGAAAAUGUGUAAGCUAAGCUUUAGCUUAGGUGCAACAAAACCAACUUCGAUAAUUGAAGAACUACUAGUUUUCGAAGUUGAAAAAUCACUGCCACUAAGUUCAGUUCUCUUCGUCCUCGUAGAAACUUUGCAAAAGUGCGAAAUAGCUCAUCGAUGAACUCAUUAACUGAAAACAUACAAAAAAAAAAA